UACAUUUCUAAUAAUUUAACUGGAAUAAUUAACUAUUGUUAAGAGUAAGGAUCUAAUAAAUUGUAACAAUCAUUGGAAACAAUCAGGUAAUUGAUGAGCAACAUGAUAUAAUCAUGAUGAUACAAUUAAUGAAAAGAAAGUUAAUAAUCUUAAUAGUUAAUCUGACAAUUUAAUCUCUUUUUAUUGUGUUAAAUUAACACAACAAACAUGAUCAUUCGUUGUGCAUGGUUAACAAUUAACUAAUUGUCAUUAUGUUGAUUAAAUGUAACCAACAUACCAAAAGAUAUUAAAGUUAAUCAGUUUUUUACUUGAUUGUUACUGUUGUUUUCAUAGGAGCAAAAGCAACUAACCAACUUGUAACGAUUAACAAUUAACUAAAUCAAGUUUAAUUUAGUGUUGAUUUUUGUUAUAAUUAUAUCAGGAUCAUUUUCCAUGCCAUGUUAACAAUCAUCAUCAUUAACUUUUCUACCUUAAUCAUCAACAAUUUAAAGUUCCAACAAAAAGAGAAACUUGAUUUUCAUGUGAACGGAGCGAUAGCCUCAUCUCCAUCAAAGUCCAGUGGAUCGACAACUGUCACAUCUUCCGAUGGAUCAACAAGUACAAUCAUCGAUGGAGAUGUUAUAAUUACAAGUGAAUCAUCUGAUUGUUCAUGUUCCAAUUCAAUUAAUCAACAAUUUGCCAUCAAACGAGCUGGUGAUAAAAAAGGAGAUCCAAUUGUAAUCACAAAGAGAGCGGGAAGUUGUUGUGAUAAAGAUCAUCAUCAUCAUCAUCAUCCUCAUCAUCAACCUCAGCAUCUUCUCACCAUGGAUCAACUAAAUUGGUUCCUGUUCCAGUUCCAGUUCCUAUUCCCAUGUAUCGUCCAUACUUUUACCACCACCCACAACAAUCAGCUUCCUCUCAGCUGAUAAGUCAUCACAUGUUACCCCCUUAUAAUCCCAUUCCUAAUCCUCAUAAUCUUGAUCAUCAUCAUCAUCAUCAUUCACCACCACCUUCACCAACAUACUCAAGUUCAGCUUUCCCAUAUCUUAAUCACCCUCACCCUCACCACCACCACCACCACCCACUUCCUUCAUCGCUUUCAUUGCCACUCUCAUCACACUAUCCCCCACCACCUCCACCUCAACCUCACCUUUCACCUCUCUCUCACCAUCAUCUUCAUCAUCCACCAUCACCAUCAUCAAAUCAUCAACAAACUUUUUGGACUUCCUUUGAUAAUCAACCCUAUUUCUCAGAUCCCAAUUGGUCAUUUGAUGGCCAUCAGCCCAUGGAAUCAACUCUAAUUGAAUCCCAAUCAUUACAUGAUAAAAAACCUCAUAUUGAUUACGAUUAUGAUGAUUCAUUUCCAACCAAUCUCGAUGUUUGGAAAUAAUUUCAAUCAUCAUUUAACAACAAAACCAACAAUUAACAUAAACUGAUUACUUUAUAUUUUCCAAGAACAAUAAAAAAAGUUUAUCCUAAUUGUGACUUUAAUGAUCAUUGACAUCAAUUGGACAAUUAACUAAC